GUCUCUAACUAAACUGCAGCGCAAAUACUGUGUAGUUUCAAAUCGUUAGUUGCGCGAUUUAAGGGUGAGCUCCGAUUGCUGGAGAUUCUAGUACGUUACGCAACUUGGUGAUUCAGGACCGGAAAAAAAGUUAAGACGCAACCAAAAAUAAAAACAGAAAUCAUAUAUAGGACAAAGAGAUCAAAAUAAAGAAGGCAUAAAAACGUACAAGAUGGCCGCCCUUGCCGUACACCGAUGCAACACAGUCGCACGUGCCGUGGGCAAGUGGUAUGUGUCCGCUCCGAACUCCACCACCACCAACACGCUGCUAUCGCUGUCCGUACGCAGCAUCACGACCACUGGCAAAGGCACCACCGGAGGCAGCAACAACAACAAACAGCUGUCCGCGGCCGACGUGAAGAAGAUCCCCGACAGCGAGGUCAAAAAAUCCGUCUUCAUCUCCCAGUCCAACGAUGUGUUCACGAACCUCGCCCUGGAGGACUGGAUCUACCGCAACUUUGACUUUACCCAUCACCACAUCCUGAUGCUGUGGAUCAACAAGCCGACGGUGGUCGUGGGACGCCACCAGAACCCCUUCGCCGAGACGAACGUGUCCCAGCUGAUGCGCAACGAGGUCGAGCUGGCGCGGCGCAACAGCGGCGGCGGAGCGGUCUUCCACGACCUGGGAAAUCUGAACUGUACCUUCUUCGUGCCGCGGGCUCGCUACGAUCGGAAGUACAACCUGAACCUGAUUACGCGGGCGCUGUACCGCGAGUACGCCAUCAACGCGGACAUUUCCGACCGGGACGACAUCACCGUGAUGGGCAAGAAGAUUUCUGGUACUGCGGCGAAACUGGGUCAGCCGAAUGCCUACCAUCACUGCACUCUGCUGGUCAACUCGAACAAAUUGCACCUGGGGGAGUCACUGGCCAAGGAUGAAGCCGAAAUCAUCAGCAAGGCCACCGCUUCGGUGCCAUCGCCGAUUAAAAACCUGUCCGACGUGAACCGCGCCGUCAACAUCCAGCAGCUCUUAUCAGCCAUUGGAUACGAGUUCCUGCGGACGCCGGCCACCCAGCUGACCGACGGCGGACGUGACCUGCUGAUGAAGCAGCUCGGCUUCCAGCUGAUCAACCCCACCGAGAAGUGGUUCCCGGGGCUGAACGAGCUGCGCGAGAACUUUGCCUCGUGGGACUGGCGGUUCGGCAAGACGCCCAAAUUUUCCGUGCAGAAGAGCAUCCAGCUCAAGGGGCAGGACGUUCAGCAACCUGACCUGAAGAUCCGGGUCGACGUGGAGAAGGGUCUGAUGCAGGAGAUUAGCUUGAUCGUGCCGGGGCAGGAGCCGAUUCCGGUCGUUUCAAACAUGGUCGGCCAGCCGUACCUGGAGGACUGCUUCAACGGGAUCCUGGAGGCGAUGAAGGGCGCCAGCACGGAGAACAUGAAGCACGCGAUGGGCUUAUGAGGGCUGGGCACCACGCGGAACAACAACACCAACGGCGAGGAGUAGCGAGAAGGA